AAUUUAAAAUAUAUAUUUUAUUUUGUUUCAGGGAUGAGCCAAUCACAGCUGUUUAAACAUCUACAUGAUCAGCCAAACAGUUAUGGAGAUAUCACCUUCCAAGGCCCACACCUCCAUCAAGAAACCAAAACCAGGAAGUUUCAAUGUCCACAUUGCGAUAGAUCUUUUAAAGCGGGCCUGCACCUAAAAGAUCACCUUAAUUCUCACACUGGAGAAAAACCAUAUACGUGUGAGAUCUGUAGGAAAGGCUUUACACAAUUGUCAACAAAGAGAAGACACAUCAGGCAGUACCAUAAACUGAAAAAUUAGACAUUGGUCAAUUGCAUAGUCCAAUCUUUAUUAAUCA